CUUUCGCCCAUCUUCUUCUUCACCAUACCAUUUUUUGCAAAACCCAAAACCUCCGAUUUCGUCAGCAUUCUCCUCCAACGAGAGCGCUUUUCCACUCCGUUUCUCUCUCUACUUCUCCAAAAAUUCAAGGUGCAAUUUCUCACCUUUUUCUCUCUCGAGAAAUUUCAGGUAUCAUUUCUCACUCCUUCUCUCAAUUUCUUCAUAGCUCGUAAAAACUAAGCAUCAAAACCCUAAGAUCAUGCGUGGCAAAGAACAAUCGUUUGAGAAAACCGCCAUAGAUCUGGAAAAACUCACAUCACAGCUGCGAAAUCCUCCCCAAUUUCACAUAGAAUGCCCUAGCUCCGACGAUAGGCCUUCCGAUGCAGAGCCUCCCGCCAUGGUAUUCUGGCAGAAACAAAUCGACGCCGGCCUCCGUUUCCCAAUCUGCCCCUUUCUCUCAGAUCUGUCUCGUCUCUACCAAAUUCCGAUAAAUCAGCUCCAUCCUUCCUCCAUUCGCCGAGCUCUCUUCUUCACAUUCUCCUCAGAGAGCACGGCCUCGCCGACACCUCUCGCCUCUUCCACAUCUGCCACGGCGUCAAAGUCAUCGGUGAAUUCUACUGCUUCAAGACAAAAUCGGAAAGCCCCGCCCAUUUCUACGGCCAAAUCCCCGGCGUUUGUAGCGGCUGGUUGAGGAAAUACUUCUUCGUCAGGCCUCUGAGCGGCCAUGGCUGGCCGUUUCGCGAGGUUUGGUGGCUUGUGAAGCUUAGGGAGAUACAUACUCCUAGUGUAGAUAAUCUUAGUAAGCAUGAAUGGUCAGUUUUGGCUGCCAUUAACGCCUCUUUUGAUGAAAAGUAUCUCUGCUUGCUUCGUGUUGUCACAGAUGAGAACGCUCUCAUCUAUCAUGGCCUCUUCGUGAACCAUAACUGGUCUGUCGAUAUGGCAAUGUCUUGGCAAAAGAUCCUUGCUGAUAAACGGCGGCGUGCCCACGCUGAACUGCAGCCUCUUCCUCCUCUCGCCAAGGAUCUUGAAGUGGUGGAUUUGUCAAACGAACCGUCACCUAGUCCUCGAGCGCCUGAGCUCAUGUUGGGUGAAGACACUUCUCCCUCCGCCAUUCGGGUGGAGAGACAAUCGGAGAGGAAGAAGGCUGUCUCUGGCCAAAAGAGGUCAUUAGUGAUCUCUGUUGAGAGGGAGUCCUCUGCUCACCAAGGAAAAAGGCCGUCACACCUGCACCCGGUGGCUCUUAACAAGCCCUUUAAUAGUAUCUUCCCCGGCCAUGCCUUAAGGUUAUCGGACGCACAAUGCACGGCCUUCUGGGAGACCGUUCCUCGAGACGAGGAUUUGGCAGAGUUGAGGAAACUGCCCUCCUCCAAGCUAAAAGACAUGGUAUCUGGUAACCGGAUGAAGACCACCGUGGCCUCGGAAGUGCUGUAUGAACGCGCGGAGGAGUACAAGAGUCUAAAGGACAAGAUCAAGGAGCUAAAAUCUCGUCUUGAGCAACAGAACCAGUGUAUCCUUUCAAAGGACAAAGAUCUCGUCUCUACCGCGACAGCUUUGCAUAUGGCCGGGGCUGAAAUCACGGCAUUGUCGACUACGUUGGAAAAGGAACGAGCCGAUCACAUGGAGGAGCUAGAGAGGGUGAGGAUUCAAGCCUACAGCCAAGGGAGGGAGGAGGGGAAGGUGAUUGGGAGGGGCGUAGGGAUCAAGCUCUGUCGUCGGCAUAUCCUGAUGACCCCAAUUGGCCAAGCGUUCCUCAAGACGCUCCACGAGAAAAUGAUCGAGGUGUAUCUCCGGACCCCGGCUUUCAUGAUCAGGAUGGGGGACGCCAUCAGCCAUUUUGUGGUGGAGGGGGCGAAGGGGGCUUGUGGUCUUCUUGGUGUUUCGGAGAAGUUUAAGGACCUUGAUGUGGACAGUAUCAUAGAGAGGAUUUCGCCAUCGGCGGAUCUGCCUAUAGACGAGCAGCAAGAGCAGAACUACUGGUGGUGGAUGCCCGUGAUGAAGGAGGCAGCCCGUGUGUUGGCUUAUGAGAGGACGGAUCAUCCGGAACUGCCUUCGGUUGGGCAGAUUGAGUAUCCGGUCAUGGCUUAUGAUGCGUGCAUGGUGGACUUGUUCGCGGGGACUAAUGCUGAUGAUGAAGAAGCAGAGCUUUGGAGGGUUUAAUUUAUAAUCGAAUAUGACGAUGAAACGGAAUUCAGUUGGUAUAUAAGUGAUUCACCUAGUAUUAUAUUAGUAUUAUGAAUACUACAAGUUAAUGGGUUUAUAGAUUUGGGUCACAUUGGUCUCAAAAAAAGAAAAAACUUUGCAGGAUAAUGUUUAGAGCUAAGAUUUGGAAAACUGACCGGAUUCAUAUUUAUAUGGAUUAUGGAGUACUAGUAUCUAGCAA